GGUAUGCCAGAAGCAUGGGCUCGACUUUUAAUAACAUCCAAUAUAAGCAAACAAGAACAAAAAAAGAAUCCACAAGCUGUUCUUGAUGUGCUUAAUUGGUUUGAUAACUCUAGUAAACAAUCUAAAACUUCCAAGUAUAUGACUACAGCCACAAAUAUUGUUCAAAAUAGUACCCCUCCUACUGAAGUAUUAGUGCGUGGUGCACACAGUGGAGGCAGUUCAUCAUACUCUGGUGUCAGUAGCAGCCAACCUUCUUCUUCGACAGGUAGUACUAGUCCCUCACUGACCACAACUCCCACAACAGAUGAACAAACAUCUCCUCCACCACCUGUAUCUGUACGUCCUGAGCGUACAAAAUCUGUGUAUACUAAACCAAUAGAAGAAGAUGAGCCUAGAUCCAUCAUCCAAGAAGAACCUAAAGUAGUUUCACCGGUUCCACUUCACCGGCCUAGUCAAACUAAUGGAACUGUACCAGUAUUGGAUAAAAAUAAAAAUAACACUACUGCUACUAGUCGUAAAAAAGUGGCUGAUAAUGAAAUAUUAGAACAACUAAAAACAAUAGUAACAGUUGGUGAUCCAAAUAGAAAAUAUACCAAGAUGGAAAAAAUUGGGCAAGGAGCUUCUGGUACAGUAUAUACUGCUAUUGAAACGUCAACUGGUAUGGAAGUGGCUAUAAAACAAAUGAAUUUAGGUCAACAACCAAAGAAAGAGCUUAUUAUCAAUGAAAUACUAGUCAUGCGAGAAAAUAAACAUGCAAAUGUUGUGAACUAUUUAGAUAGUUAUUUAGUUCAAGAUGAACUUUGGGUUGUAAUGGAAUAUUUACCUGGCGGUAGCUUAACAGAUGUUGUAACAGAAACUUGUAUGGACGAAGGUCAAAUAGCGUCUGUAUGCCGCGAAGUACUUCAAGCCCUUCAGUUUUUACAUUUCAACCAAGUUAUACACAGAGACAUUAAGUCUGAUAACAUUUUACUUGGAUUAGAUGGUAGUGUCAAGUUAACUGAUUUCGGAUUUUGUGCUCAAAUUUCACCUGAGCAAUCCAAAAGAACUACAAUGGUCGGUACACCAUAUUGGAUGGCACCAGAAGUAGUUACACGUAAACAGUAUGGUCCUAAGGUAGACAUAUGGUCAUUAGGUAUAAUGGCUAUUGAAAUGAUUGAAGGUGAACCACCGUAUUUGAAUGAAAAUCCUUUAAGGGCAUUGUAUUUAAUUGCAACCAAUGGAAAACCAGAGAUCAAAGAAAAAGAAAAAUUAUCUCCAAUUUUUCAAGACUUUUUAGAUCAGUGCCUUGAAGUUGAGGUUGAAGAUCGUGCAUCAGCCUCUGAACUUUUAAAACACCCAUUUUUGAAGCUUUCCAGACCUUUAGCCAGUCUAACUCCUUUGAUAAUGGCUGCUAAACAAGCUGCAAAAGGUCAUUGAAACGUAAUGUCAAAUAUUAACGGUCUUUCUUUGGUUCAAAUCCAGCCAUAUUAUUUUAUGAAACUUUGUCAACUAUAAAUUGUAUUGAUGAUUGUUUUAUUAUUUUAUACUUAUGUAACAUUAAUUAACAAUUAUUAUUAGUUAUGAUCAGAAAUAAUGUUUCAAUACAUUCUAUUUUUUACAUAUCUUCAGCCUGUGGUGCUUUAUCUUCUUCUUCUCUUUCUAAAAACAUUUUGAACAUGUAUUAUUGUACAGUAAUUUUUUGUUAUUUGGUAAUUUAAUUAACGUUUCAGACUAUGUUAAAUCACCAUUAUUUCUGACAUAAUAAAUAAUAUGUAUAAAAGUGUUUAAACACACUUUGGUACAUAAGCAUUUUAUUUAUUUUAUUUUAGGUA